AUGUGUAUAUUUACCACUAAUAUUAUCUAUCUAUCUAUCUAUCUAUCUAUCUAUCUAUCUAUCUAUCUAUCUAUACAUACAUAUUUUCUUUCUUUCUUUCUUUCUUUCUUUCUUUCUUUCUUUAUUUUCUAUCUUUUUUUCUAUUUUCUAUCUUGCUUUCUUUCUUUCUCCAUUUUCAAUCUUUUUUUCUUUCUUUCUUUCUUUCUUUCUUUCUUUCUUUCUUUCUUAUUUCCGAGUUUUCUUUCUUUCUCUCUUUCUUUCUUUCCUUCUCCAUUUUCUCUUUUUUUUCUAUUUUCUAUCUUGCUUUCUUUCUUCGCUUAUCUCAUUUUCUUUCUUUCUCCAUUUUCAAUCUUUCUUUCUUUCUUUCUUUCUUUCUUAUUUCCGAGUUUUUUUUCUUUCUUUCUUUCUUUCUUUCUUUCUUUCUUAUUUCCGAGUUUUCUUUCUUUCUUUCUUUCUUUCUUUUUUCCGAGUUUUCUUUUUCUUUCUUUCUUUUUCUUUUUUUUUUUUCCAUCUUUCUUUCUUUUUCUUUUUUCUUAUCUUUCUUUCUUUCUUUCUUUCUUUCUUUCUUUCUUUCUUUCUUUCUUUCUUUCUAUUGUGUCCAAAAAACUGACAUUGCUUUAA